GCCAGCUGAGGGCAACAUCGUGUCAUUUUAAAUUCCACCCCUCCUGAAUUUUCUUUCGCAUCCCCUGUUUUUGGAGGAAGGUGGUGCUAUUGCGCACAAGCCGCUCCUGCUGCGCGCUCGGCGCUCCUGUAGCCAAGCGGGUGCUCUCCGGACAGCUCUUAUGGAUAAAUACAGAGAGGCAGCUGAGCCCCUGGUGACCCUUUACCUUUUACUAUGGCUGCAGAGACAGUAAUGAUGUUCCGUUGGAGGAUCUGAAGUCUUGUGCGCGGAUGAGUUUUGAAGUGCCCCCCAGCUUGGAGAGAAGAAGCACGAUCUGGUGGACUAGUUGCAAACCAGCCAGGAUGUUUUAACUGUGCUGCCUGUUUACUUUUUGUCUUUUUAUUCUUUUUGUUUUUGAGUGCAUUUGGAGGUAUUUUAUAUGAGUUUUGUGUUGCUCUGCAUGGAGCAGACAUGGUUUUGCGCUCUGGAAGUUUAGCCCUGAUCUCCUGAACUCCCGAUCUUUUGCGUUUUCACCCCACGCUUAAAACAGGGUUUGCAGAAGGAUCGAGGCACGGAAGAGCAAAUGGCCAACGAGCGCAAACCGCGGCUCUGCAUCAUAGCAAAGGGGGAGAACGGGUAUGGGUUUCACUUACAUGGUGAGAAAGGGAAGAGCGGCCAGUUUAUCCGCAAAGUAGAGCCAGGCUCCACUGCAGAAGCGUCGGGAAUGCGCGCCGGGGACAGGGUGGUCGCAGUGAACGGAGUCAACGUGGAGAGAGUGACGCACCACCAGGUAGUUCAAAGGAUCAAGGCAGUAGAAAAUGAGACCAGGUUGCUAGUUGUUGAUCAGGAGACAUAUGAAAGCCUCCGCAGCCUGCAUCUCACAGCCACAGAGGAGAUGGCCAUUCUCGUGACCGAGGCUGUCCCUGCUGCUUCCUCUCCUCCAGCCUCCCCCUUGUCGGCACCCUCCUCGACACCUUCCUCCCCCACCAAGAAGCGCCAGAACGGGUCUGUGUCCAAGCAGGGCGGCCAGGUGCAGAAGCCCACCAGGAGGUCACCUUCAAAGGCUGCGAAGAAGGAGGCUUCAACAGAGGUGGAAACUCGGUCUCAGCCUCAGGACCAGUCACCUCCCCAGGUCGACCCGUCUAAGCUCACUCCACGUCUGUGCCACCUGAGUCGGUCUGCGGGGGGCUAUGGCUUCAACCUCCACAGUGAAAGGUCACGGCCCGGUCAGUACAUCCGCUCCCUUGACCCGGGUUCACCCGCCGAACGAGCCGGACUGCGACCACAAGACAGGCUAGUUGAGGUGAACGGUGUGAACAUUGAGGGCAUGAGGCACACAGAGGUAGUGGCCUUCAUAAAGAAAGGCGGAGACGAGACCUGGCUGCUGGUGGUGGAUCCAGAAACGGACGAACACUUCAAGAGAACAGGAGUGGUCCCCACAAUCAGCCAUGUCAACGAUUAUGAUGGUCCUUCCAUAUCCAACGGUUCCCCCAGCCCUCAGAUCAACGGCAGCUCCACCACACAGUCCAUCAGGUCAACGCACUCAGACCUCAGUAGCCAGGGCAACAGUACGCAGCUAGCCGACGACGAUGGCAGCCAGCUUAUGGACCCUUUCGCUGAAAUCGGUCUAAGACUCAGCGCCACGGCGGCGGAGGAGAAGAUGAAGAUCCAUGCCAAGGAGAAGAAGAAGGCGCCACAGAUGGACUGGAUGAAGAAAUACGAGCUGUUCAGUAAUUUCUAAGACUAGUUUCUUGCCUUGUGAGUCUUCAGAGACCAAAGGAUAGCACUCUCUAGUUCCUUCCAAGAUGGCCCAAACAAACAAUGAGUUUUUGGACUUAAAUCUGACUGAGACUUUUAAACAGCUAAUUUGUUAAAAAUCAAACUUCUCUUAAGGAAUGGUCGUAUACUCAGAUGAGAAUAAUCCCAACAAGCGAGAGACAGAUUUUCUCCCUACCCAUCGCCUUUUCUCUAAAUGAACUAUUUGAUUCACCCCCCUCCUCCGAGGGACACACAAAAGCAGCUAUUUUUAUAUUUAAAAACCAUAAACAAGGAAAAAUAAGGAGCAUCUCUUGGUGGAAAGCCUUUUAGAGAGGUUACUGGACACUGUGACACGAAUGAUUAACUUUGUGGGAGUUUUCAUUUUUUCCAAAUCAGCCUGAGGAAGCCUGAAGCAGGCAGAAGAAUCACUGUGAAAGACUCUGCACCUCCAUCCCAUGCAGAAAAUGUUCAACCAAGAAAAGAAGGCCUUUGUAUUCUGUCUUACAUGAACUUUUACAUCUAGUAUAUCGUCAUUAAUCACCAGCAUCUUUAAUGUAGAUCAUGAAACAUUUAAAAGAACUGCUUUAUGCUCCAAUCACCCAUAACUCCUUAUCAGAAGAGCUCGAGGAGACGCAUGCAUGAUAAAGAGAGUGACCACUAACUUUUAAAGUUUAGAAGGGAACACUGGGAAGGAGCUCUUAGUUUAUAGACAGGAUGUGAUUUAAUGCUUUCUGUUUACAGCACAAAAGCAGAAGCAUUUUUGAAGUUAUUAAACUAACCCAAUACUAUUUAGAUGUACUUAAGAAUAUUUCAGAAAACAAAAAGUGGAAGAAGUGAGAGAGUUUGGAAAAAUGAAGGCAACUUAAAAUUAGACUCGAAGUGGUUUUAAUGCAGGAUGUUUCAUGUGUCGAAACAUUUUGUUUGUGUUUUUUUAACAACUUGUGGAAGCAACAUUUAAUUGCUGGCCAAGUAGCACUCUACUAAUAAUUCAGUAUUAAUUAUUAUUAUUUUUCUUUUAUAUUAGACAUGUGCAGCAGAUAAGAUUGUGAAGACAACACAUUUUUCUUCGUCACUAAAUAUCUGGAAUCCACCAGGUGAAAAGCCUUAGAAUAAAUGUAACUUUUAUUGCUGUAUCACUGAAAAGUUGAAUCAUAUUUAGAAUAAAUGAGUUUCUAUUUUCUUAUGUCAUAACACAGAGGCUCAUUUCUAGGCUGGACGAGGACUCAUAUUUAUAAUGCCCCCAUUUAUUGGGGAAAGGAUGGUAAAAAAAAUCUUCAAUCCUCAGCGUUAGAGAAUGCAGCAAAGACCUUGGGGUCACCAAGUGUCGAUAACAAUCAUUAGAUACCAUCUACAUACCAACAGGUGGUCUGAGAGGCAAACCAGGAGAAAUCCUCCUCUAUUCCACUAUCAAGGAUGUAAACAUGUGAAGUUUGCUUAACUCUACAGCAAUCUUGACUAAAACUGUGUGCUUUGUUCAGAUGAGACUAACGCUGCAUUUGAGUUGUUUCAGAACUGAGAGAUCGCAGCUGCAGACACUUCAGAUCCAAGUUGGGAGCAUUCUUAUUACAAGUAACAUAACUGGGAUUUGCUGUUUGUUUUUGUGCUAACUUCUGUUAGUAAUACAAGCAGAUAACAAUAUAUUACCCCCUAGAUUAUACGUUAAGAAACAAAUGGAACAUACCUGCAAGUAGACAUGUUGCAGCACUAUGUAUUAAUAGAGACAAAAACCAUUAGAAGCAAUAAUAAAUAGUCUGUAUCGACAUUAUUUGCUACAUUGUUUUUGUGCACAGCCAUGUUGGAUAUUAAACUUUGGGCUCCGACUUUCCCAGUCACAAUUCCAACUUUUGGGGAUGUUCUUGUUGCUUUUUAGAACAGCAAACUUGAAAACACCCGACAAGCACAAAGGGAAUGCACCGUACUGAGCUUUUCAGUAGCAAGCACUCCAGGUGUAAAAAUAAAGGUUAAUAUGUGGACUUCAUAUGUGAACUUCACUUUAAUGCUUUUUACACAUAUUUACUAGCAUAUGUGAGGUAAAGUUUAAUUGCGUUAAACUUUCCAGUUUUCUUUGAGUUUGUACCUGCUGAUUUUCAUGAAAUGAAGGAAUUAUUUGCAUAUGAAAGCGUAUGUCCCUGUCUUUUAUCUAAUGUUUGCUAAACCUAAAACAACGUGCACCAUAGAACAAGUUGUUGGGUGAUAUAAAGUGCACACUUUCAGAUUUGAUGUGUUUAUUAAACAGAAAAUAUACAUAUAUUUCAAUAUUUGACCUGUCAAUCAUUGGAUCAGAGCAAAUUAGCCACCUUCAAUCAGUAGCUGGUUGGUGCAUCACUAAUCUUGUGAAUGAAAUUAAAGUUUAUCACAUAGCUCUUCAGGCUACUUAGUUUUUAUUAAAGUGCCGAACAAUUAAUUUCAGUAUACAAAAAAGUCUUGGGACAAUGUUUGAAGUUUAACAAAAACUUACUCUCCUAUAUUAAAAGAUCAGCUACAACAUGACAGCAUGAUGGACAGGUCGUCAGGUGGAGGAAGAACUGGAGAAGCUCACAGUGAGGUCGGAGAUGUUUCAGAAAAGACACAGGGAGCCACUGAGAUUACAGAGGAUUACUAUGCAUAUAGGAACAGCUGUCAUACACAUGCUUGUAUGUGGAGAAGGUAAACAUGUAAUGCAUUAGCUUAAUUGGAGUUAGCUCUAUACUCUGACAGAGUCUGCAAAGCAUUCUGUGUUACAGAUGUAUAUGGGUCCUGUUGCAUUUUUCAAUAAAGGCUUUUUUUAAUUUA